GACACCAACAGCCCAAAACAGCAUUUCCGGCCGGAACUGACUUCCUGACAGCAUUCAGGGAAACAAAAGAAGGGCGGAAGGACUUCCAGAAAACAACAAACAAUUGUCUCAAGGCGGUGCUGCCUGCAGAAACAUGGCCACGAACAAAGUUGCUGCUAAGCGAAAACUCGAAAAAGCUGUUAUUAAUGAAAAAGCUAAUGGUUCUACAUCGCUGACCAGUGAUAAUGAAUCCGAGGACGAAGACCUUCUGCAGACAAUUUCAGACAACGACAGUACAGACGGUGAGGACCAAGACCUGUCUGAUGAAGACAGUGACGGGUAUGUGGAAAGUAUAGAGGGUGAUAGCAAUGAAGAAGAUGCAAGCGGUGAAGAAGAUGAAAGUGGUGAUGAAGAUGAAAGUGGUGAUGAGGAAGAAGGAACUGACGACUCUGAAGCUGAGGAUGAGGAAGGAACAGAUGAAUCCGAUUUGGAGUGGGAAUCGGAUGAGGAAGAAAGUGCUGAUGAAGAACCAGCUGAUUCCAAAUUAAAUGAAGCCAAGACAUCCUCAAAUGGGAAACUGGGAGGCAAAUUUAAAAUUGACAAAGUCAAAGGUGAUAAAAUAAAGGAUACUGGAGCUCCAAAAGGACCAUCUAAAUCACCUGCUGAGGACAAAUCAAGUAGUGACAUAGUCAAAGGGUCUGAAUCAAAUAGUGAUGAGGCUCUUCAAGGAAAAUCUGAACCACCGGCUGAUGAAUAUGCAGCUGGUGAUACUUCUGAUGAGGAGGAUAUCCGUAAUACUGUUGGUAACAUCCCAAUGAAUUGGUAUGAUGAGUAUCCCCACAUUGGUUACGACUCAGAAGGCAAACGCAUUAUGAGGCCUAAAACAGGAGACACUUUAGAUCAGUUCCUAAAACGCAUGGAAGAUCCUAAUUUCUUCCGAACUGUUAAAGAUCCACAAACUGGACAAGAAGUUGUACUUAGUGAUCGUGAUGUUGAACUUAUCAAACGCUUGCAGAGUGGAAAGAUUCCAGAUGCUUCAUUUGAUGACACUGCUCCUUGGGUUGAGUACUUCACCUCUGAUGUUAUGAAAACACCACUGCGUAAGUUCCCUGAGCACAAAAAGUCUUUCUUGCCCAGCAAGUCAGAAGCAGCCAGAGUAUCUAAAUAUGUGCAUCAUCUUAAAAUGGGAUGGAUGAAAACUAGACAGCAAAGGGCUGAAGAGAGACAAAAGAAAAGAGAAAAGAAUUUCUAUAUGUUAUGGGGUACUGAUGACAAUGCCUCAGAAGAGAUGCGUAGAAUUCACAAUCACUUGCCUGCUCCCAAACGGUUAUUGCCAGGGCAUGCGGAGUCUUAUAAUCCACCUGCAGAAUAUCUAUUUGACGAGCGAGAGAUGAGACAAUGGGAAAGUAUGGCAGAUACUCCCCACAAAAGGAAAUUGCAUUUCCUUCCUCAGAAGUAUUCCUCUCUCAGAGCUGUGCCAGCUUAUUCCCGUUACAUCAGGGAGCGCUUCUUGCGUUGUUUGGAUCUUUACAUGUGUCCUCGGGCUAUGAAAAUGAAGCUGGCAAUUCAACCUGAAGAUCUUCUUCCUAAAUUGCCAAGUCCAAAAGAUUUGCAGCCUUUCCCCACCACUUUGGCUGUGGUGUAUGAAGGACACACUGACAUGGUCCGCACAAUUUCUCUUGACAUGAAGGGCCAGUUCUUAAUAUCAGGAUCUGAUGAUUGCACUGUGAAAGUGUGGGAGGUGGCUACUGGAAGAUGCAUGCGUACAAUUAAUGUUGGAGGCACUGUCAGAAGUGUGUGCUGGUGUCCAAAUCAGUCCCUCUCUCUUGUGGCUGUGGCUGCUGACCGGAAACUUCUUCUCAUCAAUCCUGGGGUUGGUGAUAACCUUGUAGUGGCAAAAACUGAUGCUCUAUUGAAAGAAAUACCUGAAGAGUCAUCUGCAGUUCCAGAAAGAGUGAAGACAGCUGUGCAGUGGGAACAAGGCAAUGAAGAAGAAUGGAGCUAUGGCAUUCGAGUUGUUGUAACCCAUUUCAAGGAAAUCAAACAAGUUACAUGGCAUGGUCGUGGUGACUAUUUCUCCUCUGUAAUGCCUGAAGGUGCUAACAGAUCAGUGCUUAUUCAUCAGCUCUCCAAGCGACGAUCGCAGGUUCCUUUCAGCAGAAGCAAGGGGCUUGUUCAGUGUGUCUUAUUCCAUCCCAUUCAGCCCAUGCUGUUUGUAGCUACUCAAAGACACAUCCGUGUCUAUGACUUAUUGAAACAAAAAAUGACAAAAAAAUUGGAAACAUUUGCCAAGUGGAUUUCAUCAAUAGCUAUUCAUCCCAAUGGAGACAACAUUCUUGUGGGAACUUAUGACAGAAAAAUGCUAUGGUUUGAUUUAGACUUGUCUACUGAACCUUACAAAGCCCUUCGUCUUCAUGGAACUGCAGUACGUGGUGUGGCAUUCCACAAACGGUAUCCACUGUUUGCUUCAGCAUCAGAUGAUAGAAGCGUUAUUGUGUCUCAUGGAAUGGUGUACAAUGACCUGUUGAAGAACCCCCUCAUUGUUCCACUGAAACGUCUAGCCUACCAUGAUUCUAACAAUGACUUUGGUGUAUUUGAUGUGAUUUUCCACCCGACACAACCUUGGGUGUUCUCUGCAGGAGCAGAUAAAACUGUCAGAUUAUAUUCAUAGAACUGCAAUUAUGUCUUAAAUAAUAAAUCAUAAUAAAUUCUCUUCCACU